ACGCAAGGAGGUAACCCAUUGCGACCACAUCACUUCGAUAUAACUGUGACGCAUAGCGGUGGCAGUUCGAUACUUUGGAGGCAUGCAAUGCUGCAAAGAUCAGGGCGUGCAUGGCAGGUAUACAAUGAAAGUACUAAUUACGACAAUUACCAGCAUGUAUUAGGCACUAUGCGUGUGAAAUUGCUGACAUAUAACGAAACAGAUAAGAGCAUUGCUGAUUUUCAAUACGAUAAUGAUCCCAAGUACCAGUCCAAAUCUACAGAAGCAUGGCUGACAAUAGAGAGCGUAGGGCGUAUAGUAAAAUGGUUAAGUCAAAGUCCCGAUCGAGAUCCAUUACAGCAUGCCCGGCGACAUUAAAGGCUUAAGUGUAACCCUCACGAGGCAGCCAUUGGCAAAGGCGAAGAACUCUGGAAAAAGCUAUAUAGAGAAAGGAACCCUUUCUGUAUGGAUGAUCUUAGAAGGUGUAUCGACAGUAUGUUGUCACAAAAGAC